AUGUCAGUAACACAACCAUCAUCGCAUGCGGCCGGAAGAAAAGAUGAGAAUGUCAUCUACCCGAGGAGAGAUUUAAACUCUAUACCAUUUGCUGAGCAGACAGAACUUAUUAACAAGGUUUUAUUGUCUGAGAAGAGUAGCAAGGUGAAUUCAUGUUUCACGGCUGAAAGUCGCUAUGGUAAUUUAAAGCAUAGCCAGUCGAACAGAGCCAACGUGCAGUCAAGUGGUAAUGCUCCGCUUCAGAAGCAACAAAUUUACUCGCUUCACGAACAGUCUGUCAACCAUCAAAGUGCACACCAGCUUGCUAGGCAACAAAGUCUUCAACAAAUGCAGCAAUAUCAACAACAGCUUGCUUUAAUGAAUAAUUCCUCUGGUUCUGUAUUUGACGCCAAUAACUAUCAUCAAAAUUCUAUUGAUAUGAAGAGCAAACACAACACGCUCCACGAUGUCGAAUCUAUGCCGUCUCCGCUGAUAUACACAUCAGUUGGAAAGGCAUCGAACAUAUUUGAGCCAUCAAACCUGACAGAUUUGCGGUUCAAUUAUAAUGCUUCUACUGGUUCACAGCUCAGUGGAAAUAAGGCCUCCCCUCCAAUAUUUGAUUUGUCUGACUCAAGGUCGUCCAAUGUUCCUGUGUCUAGGUUGUCGAACAGCUCCACGAGUAGCUUCCUCGAUUCCCCUAGUUUGUUACAUAGUCUACCAUCGAAUAAUUGGACCACAUCAGGAAAUUCAAUCUGGGGGUCUUCAAACUCCCCGAUGACUACACUGGAAGGCUCAGCUGGGCAGUCAUUUGGGAAGCAAAGUGUAAGCAAUCCACCCGCAGUGUUUGGGACAUCGACCUUAUGGUGA